CGCGCCGCGGCGCCUCGCAGUCAUGGGCUGCUUUUGCUGCGCGGAACCGAUCGAUGAGGAACCCGAGAAGCGCGAGCCGCCGACGCGACGGAGCCUGAGCGGCAAGCACGGCGCGAACCUCCGCGCGGUGAGCGUCGUGAGCAAACUCCACCUCAGCGUGCACGACCAAGGCCAUCCGCUCGAGAAGUACGACGUCUUGGACGUCAUCGGCACCGGCGGGUUCGCGGUCGUCAAGCGCGUGCGCGAGAAGCGCACGGGGAAGAACUACGCGAUGAAGAUCAUCAACGUCGCCGUGGACGCGUCGAAGAAGAUGGUGAAGAAGCCGUCGGACGAGGACGACGCGGACGACGAGGUCGUCAUGAGCGUCAAAGAGGUCCUCAGCGAGAUCGAGACGCUGCGAACGCUGCGGCACGACGCGAUCCUGCGGCUGAUAUCCGUGUACGUGCAGCCGGAGGAGAAGCACGUGUACGUCGUCACGGAGCUUCUGCACGGCGGCGCGGUCCUGGACGCGAUUCUGAAGAUGAAGGACGAGCGCUACACCGAGGCGGAGGCGAAAGUCGUCGUCCGGCGGACGCUGGAGGGAAUUCAGUACAUGCACGAGAACGGCGUCGUGCAUCGCGAUCUCAAGCUCGAGAACCUGCUGUUGAAGCGCGACGACGACCUGUCCUCCGUCGUGAUCGCGGACUUCGGGCUCGCGAAACGGUGCCGGCUUCAGGACGACGCCCGAGCGCUCCCGCACGCGAAGGGCGUGGACGACAGCGCGGUCGGGACGCCGGUGUACGCCGCCCCGGAGGUUGUCGAGAAGAAAUCCUACGGCGCCGCGGUGGAUAUGUGGAGCCUCGGCGUCAUCGGCUACAUCGUCGUCACCGGAGCGAUGCCGCGAGACCUGUGGAAGAAAGCGCUCAAGCACGGACGCAUCGAGAAGGACGACUUCGGGUUCGACUGCUACGAGUGGGACACGGUCUCGCAGAACGCGAAGGACUUCAUCGUCGCGUGCCUCACUCUGAGACCGAAAGACCGCAUGACGUCGAAGGCGGCGUUGAACCACCCGUGGAUGAAAAACGUCGAAAACGUCAAACCCGCGCCGUUGCGCAUCAAAAACAAGCUGAGAGACUUCGCGAAAGGGAUGAAGCUCCCGACGAAGAAGUACGCGAAGGGAGACUACCUCAUCAAACAGGGUCAGCGCGCGGUGGACGUGUUCCUCAUCAAGCGCGGGACCGUGGACGUCCUCGUGGAAGACGCCUUCGGAGAGAACGUCAAGGUGGCGACGCGAGAAGCCGGGGAAUUCAUCGGCGAGAUGAGCGUCGGCGCGGGGGUGCUGCGAUCGAACAGCUCCAAGUCCGGGAGCGAGCCCUCGACGCCGAAGGGCGGCGGCGGCGGGGUUGGGGACGAGAAGGGUGCGACGAGUGCGAAGGGCGCGAAGGGCGAGAAGGACUCGUCCUCGUCGUCGUCGAAGAACACGUCGCCGUCGUGGGGCGCGGCGCUGGUGGCGGUGUCGGCGGCUAAGAAAUGGAUCGGACCUCGACGAACCGCGAGCGUCGUCGCGGCGACUGAGGUGGAGUGUCUGGUGUUGGGGAAGCGAGAGAUGGAGUGGGCGGUGACGCACGACGAGAGCAUCAAGAAUGAGCUCGCGAGGCAGAUCUCGAGUCGGCGGGAUCAGACGGAGGAGAAGCUCGAGCGGAGGGCGAGCACGUCGAGAGAGCGUCCGAAUCGGGUGUGA